UUUGAAAGUAGUAAGUUUUCAACGACUUGCUGGCUGGCGCGCAUUCUUCAAAUUCAAAAUAUUACCGUGGCAAGGCUUCCUUUGAUCUGUUAAAAGAUAACGAUGGAGGGAAGGGCAAAAAACCCAAUCCGUGGUGCAUAUAAAUGUGCAACUGAUACUAGAAAUAUCAGAGAAGCUGUUAAAAGACAAAAUGAAGGGCAUAAGAGACAGGCAAGAGCAAUGGAGGUGCAAAAGAGGAGAAAAAUCGACGAGGUCGAGGAAGAAGUCAAAGCCCCAAAAGUUGACAAAAGGCGAGAGCAACUGAUUGCAUGGAAACUUGAAAGAGAUAGGAAAAGACAGUUUGAAACAAAAAAGAAGAGCUUUGUGGUGAAACAUGUGAACUACUCUCCAACAAAGUAUUUGGUAUCUAGUGCAAAUAAGAGAACAACAAGAAAGCAAGCUGCUCUUGAAAAUCAAACUUGCUCGAGAAGAAUAACAAGAUCAUAUGCAAAGAACUGUGCCAAAUCAGAAGAGAUGAAAAGGGGCAACAAGAAUCUGACUGCAACAAAGAAACCCACCCAGCUCAGAUCAAAGAAAGGAAAAAGUGAAAAUCUAAACAAAGACGAGAAGGCCUGCACCAAAGCGGAACCAAUAGUUCCAGAAUCAAAAUCAUCUGAAACUGGGUUCGUGUUUUCAUUUAACCAAGAUGAUAUGCUGCCAAAAACCUUCAAAUUCUCUAAAAACUCUCCUGCAUCGAAUUUUGUUUUAAAAGAAUCAAAAUUUAAUGACCCCAUUGCCAAGUUCAAUGAGUCCAUAAAAAAUGAGAAUGAAAAUAGCAGGAAUGGAUCCAAGGACAUAUUUGAUUUCACCUCAAAUGAUGUGAUUGCAAAGUUCAAUGAAGCUGUGAAAAUUGACAAUGGAACUGAAAAGGAUGUGAAGAGAAUGGGAAGUUUCCUUACAAGUAUCACUGUUGACCCAAUAGAGAAAUUCAACUCUUCAUUAAAAGACGAAAGUAAAAAGGAGCAAACCGACCAGGUCAUGCACAUUAACAAACCAUCAUUAACUCCAAUCAAAGCAGACAAGCAAUGCAAGGAGCCAAGUGACAGUAAGAUGGAGGAUCUAUCAGAGAAGCAACUGCUUAAAGGGCACCCUGGAAAAACACCCAAAAAGCCUUCAGCCCUGCCAAGCCAUAUGCUUGAAGAGAUUGGAGGCGGGAGUUUCACACCAAGAAGGAUACAAAGUACUGCACAUUUUAGAAACUUAGUUAAUGAAGAGAGACAAAAGCUUGGGCACAUGAACAACUUAUGGAGUAGCUACUUGGAUGAGCAAGAGUUAACAGGAUCUCUCUCUGAAGAUGUGACUGGUCUAAUAAGAAGUGUAAUUGGCAAAUCACAAUUACUUAUUGACCAAAGGUUCAAGCAGUUUGAAGACUUGAUCAGUUUACAUCAGAGCCACAAAGCUGAACAGGGUGCUACUGCUUCUGACCUCCAAGGAUUCUGGGAUAUGGUAAAUUAUCAGGUUGAAGAUGUGAACAACAAAUUCGCUGAACUUGAAACCUUGAAACUGAAGAAUUGGGUGAAGGAAAAGCCCAAACGAACAUUGAAACCUAAAAAGGCAGCAGAGACAAAGAAGAACAUUUCAGCCAAAGUUUCUUCAAGACAGGAGGAAGUAAGAAAGUUUAAAGAAGCCAUGAGGGCAAAGAUGGAAUCAUUAAAAUCGGAAUCGGAAGCAAAUUCUAAACAGGAGGCGACACUGGAGAAAGAUGAAGAAAUUGAGAACAAAGAAAACAAGGUGUCUCCUGUGAUGAAAACGCCAGUUAGAAGAUCGAUAAGAAAAACUCCGUCAAAGAAUAUGGUACGGGAUAAUGAAAGCGAUGAUUUAUGGAUAAAACCCGAAAACCACAUAGCAUUGGAGAAAAACGAAGAGACGGAAGUCAAAGUCGACAAAGUUUCCCCUGUGUUGAAAACUCCAGUGAGAAGAUCGACAAGAAAAACGCCAUCAAAAAAUAAGAUGCCUGAAGAUGAAAACGAUGAUCUGUGGAUUAAAAUCGAAAGCGAUGUUACAUUGAGAAAUAUUGAAGCAGCGGAAGACAAAGAAAACAACAUAUCUCCUGCGAUGAAAACCCCAGUUAGAAGAUCAAUUAGGAAAACUCCUGCAAAGAAAAAGACACCGGGAAAGGUCGAAGACCCUGGGUUCUUAAAAUACCUACGUCCUUCAGUUUCAGAGGACAACGAGGAUGAUCUAUUCGGUUUAGGGUUCGGAUCUCCAGUGAAGAGAAUGACCAACCAGUCAAUACUUCAAUCAACAGACGUUUCAUUAAUCAAAUUCGACUGAGUGCCAUUUGCCAGUAAACUUCCAGACGAGGCGUUAAUGGCAAAACUUGUGCCAUGUUGUUAAUUUGAAUCAAAGAGAAUUUGAAAGCGUGAUGUGACUUUGGAAGAAGCCUCUUUUGACACCGUUUGCCACAAACCCCUCUUCUCUCUAAGACUUUGAGAUGAAAAGGAACCAACGCCAAUUUGACCCCUUAAGCCCCUCGAUUGUAUUUCUAUCGAAUCAAAGAAGCUAUCAAUUUCCUCCACGCAAUAGGCCAAAAGUAUGUACGCUGCCCAUUAUAAGCAUAGGGGUAGGGCAUUAUUUGGCCGUGGUACUGGAGAGUUCGUCCUUUCAAAAAAUCAGUGUGAUAAAAAGCAAUACAAUUGAACAAAGAAAUAGUUCUGUCUCCAGAGAACUGAAGACAUGAAACAAACCUCUUUCUCAUUACGAGGAAACUUUCAAAUUUUCCCAUUACGAGAAAAUAUCCGACUUUUCUUGUUACGAGAAAAAAUGCGAUUGUCAAAAGUUUGAAAAAAACAGUUUUGAGACAUGCAACAGCCGUGGAAAUAUGUGCUUCAUUCAUUUGUUUCAGGGAUAGGGCGAUGGGGGAUUCUUCUAUAAUGUGGUAAAAGGGAGUUAUGGUCUUCUUUGAGUCUGGGGUUAGUAAAAGAUCUAUAACCUCGCUGCCAGAUGCAGGUUGUGUCGUUUGAUAUGUAAAAUAUUGAAUAUUUUUAACUCUUUGUUAAAUGGUGAAAUUUUAUCAAAAGGGUUAAGAUAAAUUUUGUUAAAUGGCCCAUUGCACAUCAAAUCAACACACUUUGAAGUCACUUUGAUCAUGAUGUUCUCACAUUGACCAAUUAAGGCCAAUUAAGAUCAAGGCCAAGAAAAAUCCUGAAAAUUUUAUUGAUUUAAUUUACUCCAUUUCAGAGUAACAGGCAUUUGAAAUUGUAGUUACUAGGCCUCUUUCGGCGACUCCACAAACGCACCAAUAACCCCUGUGUUGAUUUUAUAUGGAAUGAGCCAAAUAUUUUAUUUCAAUUGUCUUAAAGUAACAUUAUAAGCUUCCUUGCAAUACAUCAUUUGUUAUUAUUGAUAUAUUAUAUAUCUUUGUUUAAUUGA